CCAAACAUAAAAGAUUGCACCUUUCCCUCCAAAAGGCCCUCCCAAGCUCUGCAACGAAAAAGUUACCAUUAAUCUUUUUGCGAAAGAACAAACCCACUACGUGGCUGUCCAAUCAGGAUGAAGCCAAAAGAGUCCCCCUCUCUUCCCCCCUUCGACAACCACAACAACCAUUGUCACUGUCGGUAUUCCCUUCUGCAACUAUUUUUAUACUUUCUCAACUCCUUAAUUCACCAAUCAUCCCAGAAAACUCCAUCCUCUCAGUAUCACCACCACCUCAAUCUAAACUCCAUGUUCAAAGCAGCCAUCUACGCUUUCCUCACCUUCACCACCUCUUUCACCUCCUCCUUCUUCUUCUUCUUCCCCAACCCUCCAAAGUCCCACUACCACUCCCUCUUCCUCUCCGCCUCCCUCUCCGACAAUGCCUCCAUCUCACACAACCUCUACAUGCUCACCCGCCGCCCACACGUCGCCGGCACCGAGGCCAACGCCGAGACGGCCGACUACGUACUCACCACCCUCACUUCCCACAAAGUCAACUCCCACAUCGUCUCCUACGAUGUGGCCCUGACUUACCCUGCAUCACGCUCCCUCACACUGACCCCUGCACCGGGCCAUCCGCCGAUCGCAUUCGACCUCAGCCAGGCGAUCUACGACAACGACCCUUACGCCGACGUGGCAGACCAGGUCAUGCCCACUUUCCACGGGUUUGGGAAGUCAGGGACGGUGUCGGCGCCGGUGACUUACGCCAACUACGGAAGGGUGGAGGAUUUCUUGACUUUGAAGGAAAUGGGGGUGGAAGUGAAUGGGACGAUCGUUUUGGCUAAGUAUGGGAAGAUUUACAGAGGGGAUAUUGUGGAUAAUUCGUAUGCGGAAGGUGCUGUGGGGACGAUUAUAUAUACGGAUACGAAAGACUAUGGUGGUGGUGGAAAAGGGUUGUUUCCUGAUGGGAGAUGGAUGCCGCCGACGGGUGUGCAGGUGGGUUCGGUGUACAGCGAAGCAGGGGAUCCUACUACGCCUGGAUGGCCGAGCAGUGAAGGUUGUGAGAGGAUUGAUUAUGAAGAAGUUGAGAAGUCAGGGGUGGUUCCGAUGAUACCGUCUUUGCCGGUAUCGGGUCAGGAUGGGGAGGUGAUUGUGAAGUCAAUUGGUGGGAAGGUCGCUAAUGGUGAUUGGCAGGGGAGUGAGGAUGGUCCUGUUUACAGGGUUGGACCAGGGCCAGGGGUUUUGAAUCUUAGCUAUACUGCGACAAAGACGAUAGCAGCAAUUCAUAACGUUAUUGGAGUGAUUGAAGGGGCAGAGGAACCUGAUCGCUUUGUCCUCCUGGGAAAUCAUCGCGACGCAUGGACAUUUGGAGCAGCUGAUCCGAACAGUGGAACUGCAGCACUGCUCGAGAUAGGCUCAACUGAAUGGGUGGAAGACAACAGAGAAAUUUUGAAAUCAAAGGCGGUCGCAUACUUGAAUGUGGAUAUAGCUGUAUGUGACAAAGACUAUUCUGCUUCUGCGACUCCUCAACUAGACGAACUCCUUAAAGAGGCCGCUAAACAGGUUCAAGAUCCAAAUAACGCGUCGAGGAGUGUCUACGACUCAUGGACCGGAUCAGGAGCUUCUCCACCAAUUGGAAGGUUAGGAGGUGGAGGAUCUGAUUAUGCAGCUUUCGUGCAGCAUAUUGGAGUAGCAGCCGUUGACAUGUCUUUCGGAGAUGGAUACCCUUUAUACCACUCAAUGUAUGAUGACUUUAUCUGGAUGGAGAAGUUCGGUGACCCAAUGUUUCACAGACAUGUUGCAGUUGCUAGCAUAUGGGGAUAUCUAGCUCUUCAGUUAGCAGACAAGGAAAUUUUGCCGUUUAAUUAUCUAAACUAUGCCGAGGAGCUGCAGGUAUAUGGUCCAGCCAAGCAUAACGACUACGGGUCCAAGUCGUUCCCAGCAGUAGAUGAUGCAAUAGAGGAGGCAAAGAAACUGAACACAGCAGAAUCAUGGCAGUCAGUGCAACACCAAGUUUGGAGAGUCUCCAGAGCUAUCAAUCAAGUGGCCAAGGUCCUCAGUGUUAUCACUCGCCAUUUCCCCUGUCUACGCACUGCAACUCGUAAUCCCAUCUCCAAGCGCAUCCCUAAGCUAAGCUCCAUGAUCACAGUCACAGCAGCCAUCUACGCAAUAUUCCUCACCUUAUCCACGUCAUUCCCAAUCGUCUUCUCCACUCACACUCCAAAAUCCUACUACCACUCUCUCUUCCUGUCCACCUCCCUCGCCGACAAUGCCUCCGUGGCACACAACCUCUACAUGCUCACCCGCCGGCCGCACGUCGCCGGCACGGAAGCCAACGCCGAGACCGCCGACUACGUACUCACCACCCUCACUUCCCACAACAUCAACUCCCACAUAGUCUCCUAUGACGUGGCGCUGACCUACCCUGACUCACGUUCCCUGACGCUGACUCCUAAACCAGGCCAUCCACCGGUGGCGUUCGAUCUCCGUCAGGAGAUCUACGCCGGCGAUCCCUACGCCGACGUGGCGAGCCAGGUCAUGCCCACGUUCCACGGGUUCGCCAAGUCAGGGGACGUCACGGCGCCCGUGACGUAUGCGAACUACGGAGGAGUGGAGGACUUUACGACGUUGAAGGAGAUGGGAGUCAACGUGAGUGGGACGAUUGUGCUGGCGAGGUACGGGAAGGUUUUCAGAGGGGACAUCGUGCAUAAUGCGUACACGGCAGGGGCGGUGGGGACGAUUAUAUACUCGGAUAGGAAGGACUACGGCGGCGGAGGGAAGGACGCCGGGUGGUUUCCGGAGGCGAAGUGGCUGCCGCCGACGGGAGCUCAGAUGGGUAAUGUUUAUACGGAGGCCGGUGAUCCUACGACUCCUGGGUGGCCGAGUAAUGAAGGGUGCGAGAGGAGGGAUUAUGAGGAAGUGGAGAGGUUGGGGAUUGUGCCGUCGAUACCGUCGCUGCCGGUGUCGGGAGCGGACGGCGAGACGAUCAUGAAGUCGAUUGGUGGGAAGGUUGCCGAUGAGGAUUGGCAAGGGAGUGAUGAUGCUCCGACUUACAGGGUCGGACCAGGGCCAGGUGUUCUAAAUCUCAACUACAAGGCAAAAAAGACUAUAGCAACUAUUCAUAACGUGAUCGGGAUGAUUGAAGGAUCAGAAGAGCCUGAUAGAUAUGUGAUCCUGGGUAAUCAUCGGGAUGCAUGGACAUUUGGAGCAGUUGAUCCCAACAGUGGAACUGCAACACUUCUUGAGAUAGGAUCGACUGAGUGGGUUGAAGACAACCGAGAACUGCUGGCUUCGAGAGCUGUUGCGUACUUGAACGUGGAUAUUGCAGUGAGUGGUGACGAAUACUCUGCUUCUGCAACUCCUCAGCUUGAUGAAUUACUCAAACAGGCCGCUAAACAGGUUCAAGACCCAGAUAACUCAUCACAGACUGUCUAUGACUCUUGGGCUUCUGCCUCCAGCAGUUCCCCAUGGGCUGCUGUCUCCAGCAGUUCCCCAAGUGUAAAGAUUGAAAGAUUAGGGGGUGGAGGAUCAGAUUUUGCAGCAUUUGUACAGCAUAUUGGUGUAGCAUCCCUUGAAGUAACUUACGGAGGAGCUUACCCUGUAUACCACUCAAUGUAUGAUGACUUUGUCUGGAUGGAGAAGUUUGGUGACCCAAUGUUCCGCAGACACAUUGCAGUUGCAAGCAUUUGGGGAUAUCUAGCUCUCCAGUUAGCAGACAAGGAAAUUUUGCCUUUUAACUAUCAGUCCUAUGCUGAAGAGCUUCAGAGAAAUGCAAAGGAGUUGGAAGAUCAGAUAUCAAAUCAGAUAACAGUUACUCCCUUGCUUACUUCUAUUGAUGCACUAUCAAAAGCAGCAGCCAAGAUAAACAAUGAGAUAAAGGGGAUUGAAGAAACCAUAGGAUGGGCAUCAAUUGUGAAGGCCGACGCCACAAGAGUGAGGGAGAUCAAUGACAGACUAAUGAUGGCUGAGCGUGCAUUUCUUGACCGAGAGGGGCUUUCUGGAAGACCAUGGUAUAAGCAUAUGAUAUAUGCACCUGCAAAGCAUAAUGUGUAUGGAACAAAGUACUUCCCAGGCAUUGAUGAUGCAAUAGAGCAGGCCAGGCGUCUGAAUACUGAAGAAUCAUGGAAGGUGGUGCAACAUGAAGUUUGGAGAGUCUCCAGAGCCAUUAAUCAAGUCACUAAGGUCCUUAGCGAAGCCAACACCGAGACAGCAGAUUAUGUUAAGUCUAUACUAAUCUCAAACAAGAUAAAGUCACACACAGUCUCCAAUGAUGUAGCCUUGACAUACCCUGCCUCACGUUCCUUGAUACUAACCCCUGAAACAGGUCAUCCACCGAUAAUAUUCAACCUUAGCCAGGAGAUCUACAAAAGUGCUGCAAACAAGGUUAUGCCGACAUUUCAUGGGUAUGGUAAGUCAGGGACCGUGGAGGCACCUGUGACUUACGCAAACUAUGGGCGCUUAAAGGACUUUGCAACACUGAAAGAAAUGGGGAUCAAAGUUUCAGGGAGGCUGGCGACCCUACAACACCUGGAUGGCCGAGUACUGAAGGUUGUGAGGAUAGCUUAUGAGGAAGCAGAGAAGACAAGAGUCCUUCCAUCCAAACCAUCGCUUCCAAUAUCAGGAGCAUAUGGUGAAACGAUCAUAAAGUCGAUUGAUGGAAAGGUGGCAAGGAAGCAAAGAUGGUCCAACCCUAUUGCUUCUCCAACCUACAGGGUUGGACCAGGGCCAGGGGUUGUAAAUCUCAGCAACAAUGCGACAAAAGACUAUAGCAAAAUACAUACUGUUAUUGGGAUAAUUGAAGGCUUGGAAGAACCUGAUCGAUUUGUCCUCCUGGGCAAUCAUCGGGAUGCAUGGAUAUUUGGAGCAGCGGCUCCCAAUAGUGGAACUGCAGCAUUGCUUGAGGUAGUCCUGGUCCCAAUAGAUUGUCAUAUCAAAGUACUUUGCAGGAACAAUAUUCGGAAAAUGUUGGACAUGAGUGAAAUCUCCACAUUAAAUACAGGUUGCUCAAAGGCUGGCAAAGUUGCCCAUAGUCCAACUGUUGUGCAGAUAGGAUCAACUGAAUGGGUGGAAGACAACAGGGAAGUGUUAAAAUCAAAAGCUGUUGCCUACUUAAAUGUGGAUAUCGCAAUUGGAAGGUUAGGGGUCGGGGGUUCAGACUAUACAGCCUUUGUACAACAUAUUGGUGUGCCAUCAGUUGACGUGUCUUAUACUGUAGGAGAUUACCCUGUGUACCACUCAAUGUAUGAUGACUUUACCUGGAUGGAGAAGUUUGGUAAUCCUAUGUUUCACAGACAUGUUGCAGAUGAUGGAAUAGAAAAUGCAAUGACUCAAGAUACAGCAGAAUCAUGGCAGUCAGUGCAGCAUGAAGCCUGA